CAUUGGCCCCACACACAGCAGGCCCUCCUUUUAGUGUGACACAUGAAGAACAGAAAGGAAAACACAGACACACAGUUGACAGCUCACACACGAACGCCCAAGGAUGACCCUCUCUUGCAUGUGCUGUUAUGUGUUCGUGUGGAUGGCAGCGGCCGUUCUGCCCUCCUUCCAAGCUACUUCGAAUGUUUUCUACCCCAAAAUCAAUGGGGCGCAAAGUCUGAACUGUGAAUGUCCAGAUCAUACCUGCCAGGAGGUGUUUUGGUACCGGUACCUUGAGAGUAAGAACUCUCCUCAGUUUCUGAUGUAUGUCAACAGCGCCAGCAGAGAGGAACAUGGAGAGAACAUCAAUGCCUCUAAGUUCAAGGGUACCGUGUCCAGCGGACAGAAGGUGGUCUACACCCUGCGCAUCAUGGAGCUACAAGAAGACGACGUCGGCUUCUAUUCCUGCAUGUUUAAAACUAAGAAUGUUGUUCCUGCUGGAUAUUACAUUCUGCCUGGAGUGAAUCCUCCAACAGUUCAGCCGCCAACAGUCAAGACAUACCAGAAACCCGUAAAUCCCAAACCCUGCAAACCCUCCCAGUACUCACCUAAAGGCUGUGAACAUGUGGUGCUUUGGCCGGGAAUUGGUGCUCUUUUGCUUUUGGCCAUUACACUUGCAGGCAUACUUUACUACUUCAGUCGUCUACCUAAGAAAUGCAGACAUCGAUUCACCAAGACAAAUCCGUUGCGAUGAGGUGGAGAACAGACUCGUCAUCUCCAAACAAAAAGGAUCUACAGUUUGAUAAAACACAUUACAUACCUACACUUUAUAAUAAGGUUUCAUUAGUUAAUAUUACCUAACAAAUAAAAACACUUCUAAAGCAUUUAUCAAUCUGAGGUCAUGUUAAUUUCAACAUUUACUAAUACAUUAUGAAAAAUCUAAAGUUGUCUGUUAAUAUUAUUUAAUUGACCUGAA